CCCGAGCCCGGCGGCUGCCGGUUAGGCCGCGGCGCUCUGUCCCACGAAUGAGGGGCAGGUUAGGUCCCGCCUCUCGCAGGCGCGGCGGUGAUUGGUCAGUACUGUGCCUGCGCGGCUCGGGAUUGGCUGUGCGGAGCGGGCGGAGCUCCAAGUGGAGACUGAGCCGCUGGAACCGAGGAGCCGGUGACCGGCGAGUGAGCGCGGAGGCCCUGGCUGGGGAGCCGAGGGACUAUGGAACCUCAGCAGCCCUGUAGGUUUGGAAGGUUUAAAUACCAGUUUGUGAAGACUUUUUGCCACUCCAGAUGAUCUGCUGGAUUAAACGUGUAAUUAGGAUGGUUUUUGCACAAGUUGGACUAAACAUGGAAUCAGUGCUCUGGUCAGGCAGGUCUUAUGGUUCAUCUCGAAGUAUUGUAAGGAAAAUUGGUACUAACCUCUCUCUUAUCCAGUGCCCAAGAGUUCGGUUUCAGGUUACCUCUCACUUUGCAGAAGGAAACCAUCCUAAGCAGCUCAGAGAAGACUCAGUAGCCUCUUUUGCAGAUGUGAGAUGGGUUGCUCAAGAAGAAGGUGAAGUCUCUACAAGGCUCAGAUCAGAAGUCUGGUCAAAAUCGGCUCCACCUCUUCCACAUGAACCAUAUUGCUCUGGAAGACCACCAAGUAGACAAGUAUCCUUACCAAAUCUAUUACAAGAAGAGCCAGCCCCCAAGGUUGUGGUGACCAAGAAUGAUGAAGCUCUGCAAAAAAUCAGUGCUCUAGAAAAUGAACUUGCCAGUUUAAGGGCACAAAUAGCCAAAAUUGUAAUCUUGCAAGAACAGCAAAAUCUGCCAGCAGCUGGAUUAAGUCCUACUGCAUCAGCUCCUGCACCAGUGCCGCCGCCACCACCACCACCUCCUCCUCCACUGCCUCUUCCACCUUCUGGGGUACAUCGGAGUAUGUCUGCUAUUGAUCUCAUUAAAGAGCGGAAAGGCAAGAAAAUAAACGCCGGACAGACUUUGAUAGAUACUGGUCCAAAGAAGCCUGAAAUACCCAACAUGCUAGAGAUCCUCAAAGACAUGAACAGUGUCAAACUGCGCGCAGUGAAAAGACCAGCAGAAGGCACAAAAUGCAAAUCACCUGACCCAACUGAUCCUGUAGCACUAAUAGCUGAAGCUCUCAAAAAGAAAUUUGCUUAUCGAUACAGAAGUGAUAACCAAAGUGAAACUGAAAAACAGAUUCCAGAGCCUGAAACAAAGGUAACAUCUGAAAUGAUGCUGUUUGGACCACACAUGCUGAAGCCUACAGGAAAAAUGAAGACUUUAAUUGAAAAAUCUUAACUACUUUUAUAUCACUACAAGAGACUAUUCAGCUACUUUUAUUAGAAAUCAAUGUUAUGUAGUAAGUGUCUCUUGGUAUUUAGUGCCCUCCUACAAAACAAACCAAAAAAAAAUACUGACCUAAAAUUAUUAAAAACAUAGUGCCUUUGUUUUACAUGUUGAAUUCUAGAGGUACUUGUCCUUAUGUGACUUUUAACAAGGAGGUUGAGUUGAGAGACAGUACAAGUUUUUAAACCUAUAAACUUUAAAAUCUAGCUUUCAAUACCUCAAAUACUAAGACUUUUUUCUGUGGUGGUUUUAUUUUAACACUAAUUUAUCUGUACAAAUGUUUUUAUAUGCAUGAUUGACAGUCUUCAGACAGUUUGUGUAAAUGAUAAUAAUGGGAAUGAAGUACUGUCAAGUUACUGUCAGUCAUUUUACUUCUCAUGUAAUACCUGAUGUAACAAGUUUCUUGCACUGCAGGAUUUAGUUUGAGACUAGCAACUUCUGUUCCAAAUGAGAUCUCAUUAGUUUAACACAGCUUUUGCUGGUUUUAGCCUGAAAAGCAUAAACAGCUCAUGCAAGGGUAGGUUUAGUUAAUAACGAUGGAGAAACAGAUAAUCUCUAAUAAGCUUCAUUGAUUUUACUUGUUACAAAGCUGAGUGGUAUGGAAUAGAGCAUUGCAAAAAUAGCAAGAUUUCUCAAAUGAGACUGCCCUUCUCUCAAUGCAGAAUGUUCCAUUUCUCUCCCCCCCCCUCCCCCGUGUCCCCCAAUAUAUAUAGCGCCUUAAAGGUGAACUUGAUCAUCUUGAGCAACUGGCCACAGCUAGCUUCUGGUUCAGUUCUCUGUCAAAAGGUAGGGGUGUGUGUGUGUGUGUGUGAGAGAGAGAGAGGGAAAUAGGGUAGAAUAGCAGUGUAGAUUAAAAUACUUCAGACAGAAUGUCAGGGUAUGUGUCUGAGUGAGCAAAUGUGGAAGUCUGGGAAGUUACAGUAGUAGAGAUGAGAAGAAAUGGAGUGAACUGUAGGGUGUUUGUCAGUAAAAUCUUACUGCUUUCGGAGGCCAUGAUUGGGAGUGCUUGACACACAGUUAAUGGGGAGGUCUUGUGCUGGGUUAGCCCCCAGCGUAAAGCAGAAGAGACUGAAUGCUACCCUGAUUUGUGCUAACUGCCCAUGGCCCCAAGGUAAUAUUUCAGCACCCAGGGAUAUCCUGACUACAAUCCCUGCACUAGCUCCAGGGAAGCACUGGAUCACCUGGGGAAAUCCUCUAGGCACCUUUUCAUAUUGCAGCUUUGUCUUGCCUGAUCGGCACCAAGGUGGAUCAUCAGGGGGGAAACAAAGAGUCUUUUUGUACACAAAUGCAAUCCAGUUUUCCCAAGUGUUGGAAAAAUUGGGUAGAAAACAUUCUGGCAUUCACAGGACUAACAAGCAGGAACACAACAGAACUAGCUUGGCUACAUAUCAAGUAAACUGACAGCAAGUUUCUUUUGAAUGUGGAUAAAUACAAGUAGAGAAGGUGGGUCAGCAAUCUCAUUCUAAAGGAACAGUUGGCUACUGGAGUUGUGAUGCAAGUGCUUGUUCUGGAAACUUUUUUUUUUCCCUUCUUCAACUACUGGAAAAGUGCAGCAUUUUCCAUCCACCCUAAGUUAUUGAAGAUGUGUAAAGCAUGCUAGUCAGUAUUAACAAAUUGAGAUUUAAAUAGUAUGAUCAACAAGGGCUUCAUUUCUGAUGUAAUACUUGAAAGUGCUGUAUUUACAAAGCUGUUAAAAGUUUAAAAAAAGGAUAAAUGUUUUAACUAAAAAUUCCUUUCUUUGCUCUUCUAAAUACUUUGAACAAUAUUUUUUCCAAAGUCACUUUACUUGGUCUCCAAAGAGUUAUUUGUAUUUAGUGCUAUACUGAGAUGUACAAAAUAGAAAAAACAAAAUGCUGACUUUA